AUGCAGGAAUUGCGCCGUAUGUUUAAUGAUUUUAAUAAACAACAGAACCAAAAGAUUGAAACUUUAAUCACAUCAAUUAAUGAGAUCAAGCAGCAAAACGUCGAAAUUCGUGAGUCCAUUUCAUUCCUAUCUGCAAAGUAUGACGAUGUUUUAAAGGAAUUAGAACAUAUCAAAGAAGAAAAUAGUUUGAAAACCUGUCUCAUAAACUCUCUUGAGCAGAAAAUUGAACUUUUGGAACGUAAUGCUAGAUCCACGAUGGCAGAAAUAAAAAAUAUUCCACGAGCCCAAUAUGAAAAUAAAAAUGAACUUAUUUCCUUGGUCAAGAAUUUGGGAGAAAUUAUUAAUAUGAAGAUCCUCGACACGGACAUAAAAGAUGUUUUUUCGGCAAAAGGCUAA